AUGGAGGAGGACGAGCUGGAGGGUGUGGAGGAGCUGGAGGCCGUGCUGCAGCUGGCCCCGGAGGUGCAGCUGGCCAUAGAGCAGGUGUUUCCCAGCCAAGAUCCACUGGACAGGGCAGACUUCAAUGCUGUGGAGUAUAUUAAUACUCUCUUUCCAACUGAGCAAUCUUUGGCAAACAUUGAUGAAGUUGUGAACAAAAUCAGACUGAAAAUAAGGAGGCUGGAUGACAAUAUUCGAACAGUAGUGAGAGGACAGACAAACGUGGGACAGGAUGGCAGACAGGCUCUUGAAGAGGCCCAAAAAGCCAUUCAGCAACUCUUUGGUAAGAUUAAAGAUAUCAAAGACAAGGCGGAAAAAUCAGAGCAAAUGGUUAAAGAAAUCACACGAGAUAUCAAGCAACUAGAUCAUGCCAAGCGGCAUCUGACCACCUCCAUCACUACCCUCAAUCACCUACACAUGCUGGCAGGGGGUGUGGAUUCACUUGAGGCUAUGACCAGGAGGAGACAGUACGGGGAAGUUGCCAAUCUCCUGCAAGGUGUUGUGAAUGUGUUAGAGCACUUCAACAAAUAUAUGGGGAUUUCACAGAUACGACAGCUUUCCGAAAGGGUAAAGGCUGCCCAAAAUGAGUUAGGACAACAAAUCUUGGCAGAUUUUGAAGAAGCUUUUCCUUCCCAGGGCACAAAGAGGCCUGGCGGACCCAGCAAUGUCCUCCGUGAUGCAUGUCUAGUUGCUAACGUCUUAGAUCCCAGAAUCAAACAGGAAAUCAUCAAGAAAUUUAUUAAACAACACCUCUCGGAAUACCUGGUACUUUUCCAGGAAAACCAAGACGUCGCCUGGCUAGAUAAAAUUGACAGACGCUAUGCUUGGAUUAAACGUCAGCUGAUGGACUACGAGGAAAAGUACGGGCGUAUGUUUCCGCAGGAGUGGUGCAUGACGGAGCGUAUCGCCGUUGAGUUCUGCCAUGUUACGAGGACAGAGCUUGCUAAGAUCAUGCGCACAAGAGCUAAAGAGAUUGAGGUGAAAUUGCUUUUGUUUGCCAUUCAGAGAACGACCAACUUCGAAGGGCUGAUGGCUAAACGCUUCUCGGGGUGCACUCUGGCUGACGGGACCGUGAAAAAGGCAGAGCUGCCACCUCCCUCCACCAACCCAUUUCUGGAAGAUGAAAGUGGGACAGAGACAGACGAAACUGUGAUAGAGAAAGGCGAUAUAGAUAGACCCAAGAAGCCGAAGGCCCCGGACAACCCAUUUCAUGGCAUCAUUUCCAAGUGCUUUGAACCUCACCUCUAUGUGUAUAUUGAGUCCCAGGACAAAAAUCUUGGCGAGCUGAUUGACAGAUUUGUCGCUGAUUUCAAAGCUCAAGGGCCUCCCAAGCCAAAUGUGGAUGAAGGGGGAGCUGUCCUGCCCAGCUGUGCUGACCUCUUUGUCUAUUACAAGAAGUGCAUGGUGCAGUGUUCGCAGCUUAGCACUGGCGAACCCAUGAUAGCAUUGACCACCAUAUUUCAGAAGUACCUCCGGGAAUAUGCCUGGAAAAUUCUCUCUGGAAACCUGCCCAAAACAACAAGCAGCAGUGGUGGACUGACCAUCACCAGCCUGCUGAAAGAAAAGGAGGGCUCGGAAGUGGCUAAGUUUACUGUAGAAGAACUCUGUCUCAUCUGUAGCAUCCUGAGCACGGCAGAGUACUGCUUGGCAACAACCCAACAGCUUGAAGAAAAACUCAAAGAAAAAGUGGACGCAAGUCUCAUGGAACGAAUCAACCUGACAGGAGAGAUGGAUACAUUCAGCAUCGUGAUCUCAAACAGCAUACAGCUGUUAGUGCAGGACUUGGACGCAGCCUGUGACCCGGCCCUUACCGCUAUGAGCAAGAUGCAGUGGCAGAAUGUGGAGCAUGUUGGCGACCAGAGUCCUUAUGUCACGUCCGUUAUUCUUCAUAUUAAGCAGAAUGUUCCCAUCAUCCGUGACAAUCUGGCCUCCACGAGAAAAUACUUCACUCAGUUCUGCAUUAAAUUUGCAAACUCCUUCAUUCCCAAGUUCAUCAACCACCUAUUCAAGUGCAAACCGAUUAGCAUGGUGGGGGCAGAACAGCUGCUGUUGGACACUCACUCUCUGAAGAUGGUUCUCUUGGAUCUGCCUUCCAUUGGGUCCCAGGUGGUGAGGAAGGCUCCUGCCAGCUACACAAAGAUAGUGGUGAAAGGCAUGACGCGGGCGGAAAUGAUCCUGAAGGUGGUUAUGGCCCCUCAUGAGCCCCCCGUUGUGUUUGUUGACAAUUACAUCAAACUCCUUGCUGAUUGCAGCACAGAUACUUUCCAGAAGAUACUAGACAUGAAGGGCCUAAAGAGAAGUGAGCAAAGCAGCAUGUUGGAACUGUUCCGCCAGAGGCUGCCUGCCCCUCCCUCUGGGGUAGAGAACACCAGCUCCAUGUCCCUGACGGCGCCCACACCUGAGCAGGAGUCCUCACGAAUACGAAAACUGGAGAAACUCAUCAAAAAGAGACUGUAGAUGAACAGAAGCAACAUCUGCCGCCCCCCCCCCCCCCCCCCCCCCAGCAACUUUGGCCAGGUCUUGUGCAGGCUCCUCGUUAUCCUACACUACGUCACUGAAAAAUAGCUGCCGAAUCAAUGCCACGCCCUGAGACGCAUUAACCGUAUUGCUCUGAAUGAGAAGCAGCAUGAUUUUGGCAAGGGAUGAAUGCUUCCCAGGGCUCUGUGCCCUUGGGAUAGAUUAGCCGAGUGAAACCUGUCUCACUGGGGCUUCUCCAUGCCUAUGGCUUGGAGGAGAUGCAGUGAGUUGAAAAUGGUUUGACUGAAUUACAUCCAAGGUUCGCCUGCUGCUCACACCAUGCUAGUCGCUCAGCGUCUAGCUGCAGUUCCCAUUUGGGGUCUCCCAAUGUGGCGUGUUGGACUCUGCCCUGAAAGUGACAAGACGACAUUCCUUCCCCAUCAUAGAGCUGCUUGUUUCUUUAAAAAUAAGAUUCCCUUAAAUCGCUGGCCUCUGGCCCCUAGGACUCUACCAAGCUCCUUCUAAAUGCCCAGGACAGGACACUGCAACAUCUCCCCUGUGCUCUGAGGGCAGUACCGUGUGCUGAAGCUGUCAGUAAAACAGCAAGGAGAACCCUCUGUGGGAAGCAAGGAGGGGGCGAAAUCACUGCAUUCACCAGUCAAAUCACACCUUACUGCUAACAAGCCAGCGGUCUCUGUUGCUUUUGCUGCUUUAAGGCCAAAUUCUACAUCUGCUGAAGCAGUCUCCAACGUCUCAUUAUUUUCUCACGUGCACUGGGCUACCCCGCCCUCUCCAACCCACACUACACCUCUCCCUCUCCUCCACAAAGGGCUGUUCAUGGAAUAAGCCCUUGGAAGCCAAGCAUCAAAUGGCACUAUCCCCCCAUGCUUGUGGCCUCCUGUUUCAUGCCAGCUGGAGCCCAGAAUGUGGGUGUGCCACUUUGGCACCAUCGCUGCCCUGAAGGCAGAGCCGCUGGAAAUGUUAGUUUUAAUUAUAGGCCUGCUGCUUCCAGGAUUUCUUCACAGGAUGGAACUCUCUCAUUGGCUUUAAACGUAAAGGACCUGGUUCUCCUCUCGCUUACGCUGCUGCAACUUGGACUGAGUGGCUCCAGAUUUGUACUGGAAUAUCUGAGGGAAGCAUUGGGCCCCAAAUCUCACAACACAGCUUGUUUUAAAGUAACCGGAAUUGCAAUCCAGUUCCCAUUGGAGUCAGCAAGAAGGUGCUCCUUGAUUUCAGUAAUAGCAGGAUUUGGGUUGAUGGAUCUAAAUUGUAAAGUGUUUGUGUGAAAAGUGCUCAUCUUGGCACAUGCUUGCCUGAGAAGCCUUAACUGAGUGACACAAUCCCCUCAUUAUCCCCACUGGAUUUCUUCCCAAACCCCCUGGCAACCUCUCCAUGUGGUUCUAAAGGUGUGUUUCAGACCAGCUGAUGAUACAAGACCACAGGGAUUUUGAUGGUGGGAGAGUUCAUGUGCAGCUUCCGUAUUGUAAUCCAUGCUUUCCUACCCAAUCUGCAGGAGGCACGUGCAUUCAGUGUUUGUGUCAGGUGAGGAGUCACUGCAGCUGACUAGCAAUGGUCUCAGGAGAAUCACACUCCCACGGCACAUCUGGCUUGCUUCUAAUUCUAGUAUUGAUUUGGGGGCCACUGUAGAUCCAGGUUGGUUAGUGUUUGCAGCCACUGUUCAGGGAUCUGUAGUUCACUUGAGGGAGAGGGAGAGAACACUCCAGAUCAAGUACAGAUUUAUUUUAACCAAACUCCACACACACAAAGCUAUGUCUAAAAUUAAAAACCCUGCAGAGUUUCAGUGACACUCGGGAGUGGGGGGCACCAAAUGAGAAAUGUCCUUAUUGAGACUAAAAAUCUGGCCUGACAGUAGCUUCAUGUUCAUCUUUUUUGCACUGUCCUGUCCUCUCUUGCACCUGCUCCUUCCCAUGUGCGGAGGGAGGGAAGGAGGGACGGAUGCGCGCGCGCACACACACACACACGAUUUGUUUAAAUCCUGUUACAAGUAGGAUCUGUUAGAAGCUGGAUGUAAUAAAAUAACCUGAACCAAACUCUGGUCAAAUAACUGAUAAUGGUUGCAAUAUGUGCAAUAUUCUGCAUUUCCUUUACUGAGAGCUUAUUUGAUGGAUGCUACAUGAAGAUAACUAUUCAUGUUACUAAGCAUUAACACUCCUGUCCCUCCUCGAAAGACCUUUAUUGAUGUCUAGGUCUUGAACAAAUCUAAUAUUUAUGCUCCAUCCCUGCCUUGUUUCCUUUGCCAUAAUUUGCUAAUUUUCAGCAUGUGGUAAUGCAAGCUGCUGAAGUUCCUACCUUCUCUAUAUCUGGCUCAUUCCCAGCAUUCAGUGGUUGGGGUGACCCUGUCCUGUCACAGGUUUUUAAAAGUGGAAUCAGAGAUGAAUGUUUUGGAAAAGGUCCCAUAACUUUCUUUCACUUCCCUUUAACGUCCAAGUAUCAUUCUCGUAUGAUUAUAGGCCUGCUUUGAACAGUUCUGUUGGAAUAAGAAAUUUUGCCUUUUUUUUUUGUACUGGCAAAUAAUACAUUAAGCCUGCAUUUUCCAAAGUCAUUGGUGAUUUUUGGAUUUCUGACUUGAGACACCUUCAGUGGCCCUGAUUUUCAGAAGUUGUAUGUUUAGUGGCCCUGUUAAGGUGACUCAAGUCAGGCACCCAAUCACUAGUCAUUUUUGAAAACAUAGGCUCCAGUGUUUUCCCUUAUCAGCCCCGUGUGAGUGGGACAGUAGAUUCUGUGCCUGGGCUGGUAAUGAUAAUAGUGAUUUUUCCAAGACUGAUAAAUCAGCCUGUGUCCUAAUAGUUUAUGAACCGAUAGACUGAUUACAGUAGAAUUGGGAAAUCAGCAGAUAAAAUCAUUUGUAUCUGACCAAAACUGUUAAAAUAAGAACUGACACUUAAAUGAGAGUUGAGAUAUUGUAACACCUACAUUAACCUUGUCUACACCAGGAAAUCUUUACAAAAAACUCCUACCAUUGAAACGGGUUCGAAUGGUGUGCUGGUGUUAAAAUGCUGGGAGUCCUAGAGUAGGCAGCUGUUGGAGGCAGCCGGACAUGUACACUGGGGAGUCCUGUAUCGCUAAGCAUGCACCUGAAACAGUGUUAGUGGGAGGAAUUUUUGUCAACUUGGCUAAAAGGAGUGACUACAAGCUCGUUAUGUGAACUUCUGAAACCUUAUCAGAAAGCCUGUUGUUGGAUCACACCACUUCCCCUAGGUGCCGAUUAUUGUUUCUGACACUUCUGCUAGUUUUACAACCUGCAUUCUCAGGGAGUGGUGUUUGCACUUCAUACUGAUCAGUUUACAAAAGACAACCUAAGAAAAGAGGGUGUGUAGUCUGUCUUUCCUGAAGAACAAAUAAUUAAACCCAACAUGGGUUAUUAAUAGUUAUUACCAAAUGCAGUAGCCAAGCCCUAUGGGAAUGCAGGUUGUUUGCAUAGAUUCAUUAUCUGCGUGCUGGACUAGUAACUUCACUUUAAAUUAUUUUUUUCCUCACAAUGAAAAUUAGCAAUAGUGUGGUCAGUGCUGUAAUAUACUGUGUAGGGAUGAAAUCUGAACUAUUUCCAUGUUUCUUUACCCAGAAGACUCCUAAAUUGUCGAUCUCUGCCAUUCAGAAUUCUAGAGAUAAAAGGAAAGGUUAAUAAAGAAAAUCAGAAGAAUGUUAGAAACCCAGGUGCAUUGAAUUGUACCCGGUAAAGGACAUGUUUGCAUUUGUCUUCCUUGAUUUGAAAUGUUCUUCUCUUGUUCUUGUGUAUUUCUCAGAGUGGACGCUUCUGAAAGUGUAAGUGUCAGCUGGUUGAGUUGUACAUUUUCUGAGGAUAAAGGAAUUGUGUUUCUGUAUAAAAUAUCUUCUUAAGUUUUCUGUCCAGGAAGUAAUUUCUUGAUGUCUAUUGGAGUGUGACACUAAAGCUAAUUAAAUCAUUACUAAUGACCCUC